AAGGACCAAACCGCACGAAUAAAAUUUAAGAAAAUAAAAAGAGUUACCGUAAACCUAGUGUUGUAAACAUUUUCGCAUAUUUGUACAGUUUAUUAACUGACUUUUACAGUUUAUUUGUUUUUUCGUGAAAUAAUGGAGUGAUUUUGAAUUUAAGGACUCAAUUUUUAUAACAUCAGUGAAUUUAUUCCGAUUUUAUAAGUCCUUUUGUUUAUAACUUUCGUCGUCCUUUUUUUUAAUAAAUUCCCCAAGUGUUUUGAGAGAACUCCUUUUGGAUUUUUAAGAGCUGCUAAGGAACCGUACAUCGUGUGCUCAAAACUCUGUGCACCUCUCAAAAAAUACACGCAUAAACAAUGUUUCACAUUCUAGUCUUCCUUCUAUCGCUUUACCAGCUAAGUCCAGUAACAUUCAGCGAAACAAUCGACAGUUCUUCUAAAUAUUCCCUAAACAAUCUACACAACGAUGACACCAACAACUACAAUCCCAAGUCACAGCAAACAGAUCUUUCCCUUCUCGAAACGAUAGUCUAUCCGAUUGUCAAGCCCAAUAAUAAUGACGAAUCUGAAAUUGAUUUCAAUGAUCUAACUUAUGCCAUGAACAUGCUCAAGAAACAACGACAAAAGGAACAAGCCAUCAUGGGUUUGAAUAAUAAUUUUAUGCGAUUUGGGAAACGGCAAGUGGAAAAUAUGCCAACGGAGCAGGCGUUGGAAUCAUUUGAGCCUGGAACACGAUUCGAACGAAGUAACGGAGCCGAAGGUGUCCGGGAUUCGAGAAGGGACAACUUCAUACGAUUCGGUCGAUCAGGACCGGGGUCACAAUUCAUGAGGCUUGGACGAUCGCCGUCAGAUUUUAUGCGAUUUGGAAGGGCUCCAUCAGAUUUUAUGCGAUUCGGAAGAAAUCCAGCAGGUUUUAUGCGUUUUGGAAGGAGUCCAUCAGACUUUAUGCGUUUUGGACGAGCUGCACCAUCGGACUUCAUGCGUUUCGGACGAUCACCUUCAGACUUCAUGCGAUUUGGGCGAGCACCUUCGGACUUUAUGCGAUUUGGACGGGCACCUUCGGACUUUAUGAGAUUUGGACGGGCACCAUCGGACUUUAUGAGAUUUGGACGGGCACCCUCUGACUUCAUGCGAUUCGGUCGAACUCCAUCAACGAACUUUAUGCGUCUCGGUAGAAGCCAAGAUGGAAUGAUGCGUUCCGCCAAGAGUGACAAAUUAGUGACAUCAGCAAUGGAUAAAAAUUUCAUGCGUUUCGGACGACCAGACAGUUUUAUGCGUUUCGGAAGAGGGUCUUCGAUUGAGUCCGAUACAAAUCCCAACUUCAUGCGUUUCGGUAAGCGACAAAAGAACGAAACAAGUCAAAAGCCUUCAGAACCUAACCACACGGAAAAAGCUGUCAUUGCCGAAGAAUCAACGACUUCAUUUCCAUAUCAUGAACUUGAAAAUGAAGUGGACCCAAUCGAUAUGAUGUUUUUGAACGACUUAACUGAUUCUGAUGACAAAAAAUAAAGCAAACGAAGAAAUCGCCAUUACUGAAAAUAUGAUCAAAUCCAGGUUCCUAUAAUUAGACCCUUAAAAAUAAUCACCAAAAAACACACACAAACAUUUAUGUAAAUAUCUACAAAAAUAAAAUAAAAACUUUUUCAAAAACCAACACCGUUUUCCAGAGACUUAUUAUAACAUUAUAUACGAAUGAAGUGAACUCUUAAAUGGGCUGGAUUAAGAAUUCACUUCAAUUUAAAGAAUUUGCUAUGGAAACUUUUUUUUAUUAAUUUAUUUAUUGCAAACAUUUCUAACAAAAUUCUAAAAGAAAAACAAAAUUAAAAAAAAAAAAAACUAUUUAUAUUUUGUUAAAAUUAUAUUAUAUACUUGUAUACGAAUGAGCUGAUUUAUUCAUAAUAAAUUAUAUACCAAACAAAAAGAAAAGAAACAAUUAAUUCUUAGAGAAAGCUAAAAGAACUAAAACUAAAAACUUGUGUAAAAAUAAUUAUAGUAAAAAAAAUAAAAUAAAAUAUAUUAUCU